GAGAGAGAGAGAGCCUGAAAGAUGGCCGAACCAUUAAGAAACCAACUCCACCAAAAAUAUAACAGCAUCAGAUCCAAUCAGUCAGAAAGUGCAAUCCAGGACUGUCUCGAAGGCUUGCAAGAAAAAAACCCGGGUUCCAACAAUUUAAAAAGAGCCGAGAAAAACAACAACUUAAACUGAAUUUAAUGGAUAGAAAUUAUCCCACUUCUGGAUUUGGAGAUCCCCUAGGUGCUGGACAAGGAUGGAGCUACGACAGAUCACCGUCAGGAGUGAAAGCCAGUCUGGUAUAUGGAGGGUCUCGCAGUUCACAUCCCGAAACAGACAUUCUACACAGACAAGCUUAUGCGACACCUCAUCCUCUUCAAGGCUAUGCAACCAAUCAUCAUCCUGCUGGCCUGUCGGGGCUAUUUGAGACCGGGCUUCACCACGCUGGCAGCACCACCCCAGACGCCUCUGUCAUGAACCUCAUCUCUGCUCUGGAAUCACGGGCACCACAGCCUGGACCCUCUGCUUCUUCCCUCCUCUCGCAGUUCCGAACUCCAUCCUGGCAGACAGCCAUGCACACCCCGGGACCCGCUGAAUUAUUCAUCUCUGGAGCUAUUCCUGGUUCUGGGACUUUUCCAUCGUCAUCUGCGCUCUCAGCCUAUCAACACCCAGCCUCUUUCAGUGGGCGGAGUUUCCCUGUGACCUCGUCGUUGACCCUUCAAGAUGCCACCUUCAGCCCGAGCUCCAACGGCCUGCUCUCGCCACAUGAUCCGCUGCUGCACAUCAAGUCCUCUCAGUCCAGUGUCCCGUCCUCCCUGACCUUUGACCGCCUGGGCAGCGCCGUCCUGGGCACGGGCCUGCCAUCUCAGAGCUCAGCAUACCGCACAGCGCAGGAGUCGGCCUCCCGGCACCUGCAGUCACAGUUUAACCUGCUGUCGUCGCCUUUGGGGCCUUCGGAGCAGGCCUCUCAACUCUACAACACCUCGGUCUUCUCCAGCUCACCGGCCUCGGGCAUCGAGAGGGCCAUCCCACGGCAGGACAGCGUCAUCAAGCACUACCAGCGGCCCACCGGUGCCCAGGCCCAGCUGCCUGCCUCUCACCACUCCCUGCAGCACUACCUCAGCUGUGGGGGGAGCCAUAGCUUCCAGCAGAUGCCCAGGCACUCCACGCUGUCAUGCAGCCCGCUGGGCGAGCAGUCCCCGGUGAGCAGCGAGGGCGGCCAGAAGAGUUCCCAGGCCCGUGGCGAGCACUCGCAGAGCUACCGGCCCAUCAUCCAGUCGCCAGGCUACUCCUCCUCCUCCACCUCGUCCUCCAAGUCCAAGAGCUACUCAGCCUCGCGGCAGGCCCAGAGAGGCGGGGCCGCUGGCGCUGCCGUCACCCCCAAGUGCCAAAGCAUCUCCUCCAGCGGCCAGUCGCACAUCUUCUCCUCAUCCGCCCCCAAGGCCAGCUCUGUGAUCUCCACCCAGGCGCAGGCUCAGGCCUACUCCCCAGGCCAGUCACAGGCCCUGCUGGGCCUGAGCCAGUCCCAGAGCUACACGGUGUCCCAGGCUCAGAAUCUGGCGGUGGCGGCGGUCACCCAGUCACCGGGCUUCAGCUCCAGCCAGUCGCAGGACCUGACCGCGGUGAGCAAAGCCCAGAGCUAUUCGGGCAGCCAGCAGCCCCAGCCCCAGCCUCAGCCCCAGACCCAGCAGCAACAGCAGCAGCAACAGGCCCUGCAGACCUGCGUCAGCCAGGCACAGAACUACUCUCCGGAGCAGCUCCAGGGCCUGUCCUCGGUGGGCUCCAUCCAGAGUUACAGCGUCCCAUCAGAGCCCCACUCCUCAGCCACGCAGGGACAGAGUUACGGUCCGGCCCACUCACAAGGGAUGCCGGCGGCCAGCCCCUCCCUCAGCUACGCCGCCGGCCACUCCCCGGCCUUGAGCUCCCACGGGCCAUCCAUCGUCUACUCCUCGGCCAGCCAUGUCCAGAACCUGCCGGCCGCCAGCCCCUCUCCCAUCAUCCGGCCCCUGCAGUCCCCGACCAGCAGCCGGCCUCAGGGGGUGGGCUCCCCAGGGCAAUCCCAGAAGUACCUCUCCUCAGUGCUGUCACCGUCCUUCAUUCAGCCCCCUCACUCGCAGGCCUUCCAACCCUCGCAGGCCCCCCUGGAGCGGGCGCCAGCCUACGGCAAGGCCAAGGCUGACCAGGAGCUGCUGGCCUCGGAGAGGACGGAGGACGAGGAUUUUCUGAUCCAGCACCUGCUGGACUCGCAGAGCCCGCCGCGGGUCUCGUCGCAGAGCCUGGCCGAAUGCGAGGAACGGGCCCCCAAGGGCAUGGUCUACGAGAUGUCCAAGUCUGAGGAGAGGUACCACCUGCAGAGUGUCAUCCGUACCAGUUCAAGUUUGGACAGCCAGGUCCUGGAGAUGUCGCUGCAGGGUCUGAAGGAGAAGAAGAAAAGCGAACGGCAGAAGGAAUACGGCCGCUCCUCCUCGGACGCCCUGGUCACCUCAGUGGUGCACUACAGCCACCAGCCCAACAGCAUCGACGGCCUGGCGCAGGACAUCAAGAAGACAGUUGACCACCUCCAGGGAGGGCCCCACUUGGAUGGUUCUGGAAAGGAGCUCGGCGCGGGCCACUCGUACAUGCAGAAGACCCCGGAGCCGGGCUCCCGGGCACACCACCUGGGUCCCGACUCCUCGCAGCUGGAGAGCCAUGGGAUCCUGCAAGGCCAGGCUGGCUCGCAGCUGAUGCUGGAGGCCUCGCCGGAGAUGCAGCUGCCUCUGGGCCACCAGGCCCCUGGGCAGCCAUCGCAGCUGCUGCAGUCGGUGCUGACCCACACCCAGAGCCAGCAGCAAGCCCAGCAGCAGAUGCUGGAGGUCCACCUGCAGAGCCAGCAACUACAGGCCGCCCAUGCCCAUGCCGCGGGCCUGGACUCCCGCCUGCUGCCCGGGGAGGCCCGCUCGCCCCAGCUGGCCCCGCCCGACGCCAUGGAGCGGCUGCCCCGCUCUGAGAGCAUGCAGCCGCAGGAGAUGCAGGAGUUCCUGGAGCCUGAGCUCCACCUGGAGAGCCACCUGGCCCAGGCCGGUCAGGUCCAGCAGCCUCAGCAGCAGCAGCAGCCUCAGCCCCAGCCCCAGCACCUGCUCCCCGAAGCCAGCGAACCACUGCGCCUGGACAGCUCGGAGGCCUCCCAGCAGGUCUCCCAGCAGCAGCUGGAGGGCAAGGACCAGUUCGGCCAGGGCAGCCCGCAGAGCGGCAAGCAGCGGUUUGUGCCACUCACCUCCAUCUGCUUCCCAGACUCCCUCCUGCAGGACGAGGAGCGCAACUUCUUCCCGGGGAUGGAGGACAUGUUCUGCUCGGCGCCCUGCGGCAGUGAGGAGUACAGCAAGCAGUCAUGCGGCGAGGAGGCCGGGCAGCCGAUGGACCGGAGUGACGGUGGUGGCGGCAUGAAGUCCGGCUUCGACAUGAUGCACUCGGGCCAGAGCUUCCCGAGCUACUGUGCCCCCGAGCCCGCCGGCGGGCAGCAGAACGUCCACCUGGACCUCAACCCGGUCGCCCUGAAGCCGGAGCUGGAGCCGCCAAGCGUGCAGGCGGAGCACCUGGGCCUGACCCCGCCCGCCCACGGGGGCCCCCCCACCGGCGCUGACCUCAAGUCGCCUCUGACUACCGCCAGCUUCUGCUCCAUGAAGACCAAGAAGUUCCUGAAGACCUCCUCGCUCCACCUGCUGAAGAAGAAGGACUCGCCGCCGCAGCCCCCGAAGAAGAACUACGCCCAGGAGUACGAGUUCGAGGACGAAGAGAAGGAGGACGUGCCGGCCGACAUCCGGCUCAACAACCGGCGGCUCCCCGACCUGCUGCCCGACCUCAUCUCCAGCUGCCGGACCCGCACCAACCUCAGCCCCGUCUCCGACAUUGACUUCUGUUCCGGUAACAACCUGAACGGAGGCAAGAAGAAGGCCAAGAGGGCGUCCAAGCCAAAGGAGAAAGGGCCCCCGAGACCCCGGGGCCGACCGCGGAUCCGGCCCCUCGAGCCCCCCCAGGGCGUGGCUCAAGACGGACCCAAGAAAAGGGGCCGGGGCAGGGGAAGGGGCAAGAAGGUCACGGAGAAUGAAAACGAGGGCUUCAAAAUGGAGAAGCCAGUGAAACCCGGCAAGGGCAAGGUUCAAGGGUCAAAGGCGAGUGAGAUUUUGCCCAUCGAGGCUCCAGAGUCUGUCCCAGUGGAGAGCGUCUUGGAGAACAGUCAAACCCAAGAAAAGAUCAAAAAGAAAAUAAAAGAGGUGGAGGAGAAGCAGCCGGAAAUGAAAUCUGGAUUCAUGGCCUCGUUCCUGGACUUCCUGAAAUCGGGAAAAAGGCAGCAGCUGCCAGCCACGACCUCUAGCCCGCAGAAAGGACGCCCCUCAUCAGUCAUUAACCAGCCAUCGCAGGCUUCCUUCGGCCUGGCGCAGUCAAUGCUGUCAGGUCCUCUGGACGCCUCGGAGAGCGACAGCCUCAUGAGCUGCGCCAGUCCCUGCAAGAGGUUCGACGACGACCUCAAGAAGAACCUGGAGACUCUGCCGUCAUUCUCGUCCGACGAGGAGGAUUCCGUCAGCAAGAACCAGGACCUGCAGAAGAGCAUCACCUCUGCCAUCUCUGCCCUCUACGACCCGAUGGAUCGCAAGGAGAACGACACGACAGAUAAUAUGACUGUAGAAGAUAAAGAAGUCAGCACAUCGCCUUCUGAGGCCUCCCAGCCAGAGCAGCCCAUACCUCCAUCUCCAGUCUUGCCGAAGGAGUCGAUCCCAGAAGAAGAACCUUCCCCUGCCCCUGAAUCCCCACCACAGCCGGAAGAGAAGGAGGCUCCUUCCCCAGUCAAGCUAGCCAAGAAACAGGACACGGUGGCCAUUUAUGGUGAGACUGACGAAGACGAUGAGGAGAGUGGUGGAGAAGGUGCCAUACGGAAAUGGGAUGAGUUUGUCAUCAAAAUUGAUGACAUUAAGGAACUUAAGCUCGCCAUGCAGGCGGGAAACGAGCCUCCUCCAAUCUGGCGGGUGCAGAAAGCCUCACUGCAGCAGUUUGUACCUGAGGUGCGGGAUGGUCAGCGCCACUUCUCUUCCAGUGCUCAGUAUAUCGAGUACCCGGAUGAGGUGAAGACUGACUACCAGCGGCUGUACGUGAAGUUUCUGGAGAACGUGGAGAAGAAGGACUACGUGCGGAUCUGCUCGAAGAAGCCCUGGCACAGGCCCCUGCACCUGGCUAAGAAGCAGGACUCUGUCGCCAUCUCUGGCGAGACAGACGAGGAGGAUGAAGAAAGCGGAGGCGAAGGUGUGUUCCGGGAGCGCGAUGAGUUUGUCGUGAAGAUCGACGACAUCAAGGCACUUAAGCUCGCCAUGCAGGCAGGACGGGAACCUCCGCCCAUCUGGCGAGUACAGAAGGCCUUGUUACAGAAGUUCACCCCCGAGAUCAGGGAUGGCCAUCGGCAGUUCUGUGCAACCAGCAAAUAUCUUGGCUACUUUGGUCACGCGAAAAACGAAUAUCAACGACUCUAUGUUAAGUUCCUGGAGAACGUCAACAAGAAGGACUACGUCCGUGUGUGCUCCAAGAAGCCUUGGCAUAGGCCGCAGCAAUCCCUGAGACGACAGAGCCAGACAAAGACCACUCCGAAUCGAGUACCGGUUGUGGUUAAACCAGAGCCGCCUGCUCGGCCAGCAUCGAAACCCAAGCAAAGACCAUCCAAAGCCAAGGCCGAGCCCCCUCCCAAGAAGAGGAAAAAAUGGCUGAAAGAAGUUGCUUCAUCAACGGAAUCGGACUCCACUCCCAACCAGCAGAGUGAAGAGGAACGGAUCCCAACUGGCCGCAUUCUGAAUACACGAGCCAUGAAGGAGAUGUACAAGAGUUACAUUGAACUAUUAGUCAGUGCGGCCCUUGACCCAGCCAUGAUCGAGACAAUUGAGGCCAACAAUGAUGAACUUUAUUUACCAACCAUGAGGAAAAUUGAUGGAAUUUUAACAGAACAUAAGAAACGCGUGACAAAAAGAGUGUCUCUGAGCUCCUCACUCCAGGAGGGGCUUCAAGCGUUCCCCCAACUGGUUGUUGAGGACUGCGAUGCGGACCGCAAGGACAACCCGGCCAGCUCGGUGAAGUUAAAAGUGGCUGGGACACCCUAUAACCGGAAGACACUCAACCAACUAAAGAAGAAUGUACCACGGACACAGGACUUCCAAGUGGAGGCAGAGAAAUUGCAGUUUUACACUUUGUUCCACUCCCUCCAUCACUACAAAUACCACACAUUACUGCAUUGUAAGGAGCAGACGGACACUCUGUCGGAGGUGAAUGAGGACCUGGGCCAGGAGGAGAUUGUGCAGCAGUGUAUGCGGAAUGUAGCGUGGCUGGAGAAACUCUUUGACUCGUUCAGCGAGCUCCUUACACAGGUGCAGCAGCAGUGUGCGUGACAUCUCCCGUGAUCAACAAGGCUGCCCAGGACUAUCCUUUUUCUUUCUCUCAUUCCUCCAUUCCCCCUCCACUCCAUCCCAGAUCCCCCCUUACUGCCACCAUGUUGUUCCCAGUCCCUGUCCCUCCCUCCGACGCUGGACUCUAUGUCCAAUCCGAAAGGACAUAGGACUUGACAUCAGUGAUCAGUGGAGCUGGCCUGACUUUCAUCACCGGAUUUACGGUUUUAUUUUUUGGGAUUGUUGUUGUUGCUGUGCAGUGAUUUCAGUACAAAAAUAUUCAGUUAGGAUUGUUGAAUGACUUAUGACUUUCUUCCUUGCCCCUCAGAUAAAUCCUGACAGCCUAGGCCUCGACCUGCUCUCAGAGUAUUGAGGGACAUUGAGGCUUUAUGAAAAUGGCAGCAGAUGUGGGGCAUGCUGGGAGGAAGGAGUGUGGGGGAAAUGCCGAGUUGAAAGCCUUGCAAAAAAAAAAGUGGUAGUUCCUUUUUUUGCAACCCCUCCACCUCACCCACCUUCCGAACAUGCUGUCUGCCAUUCGGUGAGAUGAGUUGUGGCCUACUCACCAAUGCUCCGUUUGAGGGUCACGUAUUAAUCUAGUUGAUUAACGGUUUCUUUUCUCACUGGUGAAACUGCGUAAAAAAACACAGCUGGAAGGUGGGUGUUUGAGGGGAUGGGGUGAGAUGGGAUGGGGUCAGUGAUCAAAAUGGCUUCCACACUGGCCAUAGUGACCUGAAGUGUAGCAGAGAAAAAGAAACAGUGUUUAAAAAAAAAGAAAAACAACAUUAAGACAAAGGUUACAUUUUCUUUUAUUUUUUGAAAAAGACAAACUUUCAUUUAGGUUUAGGUCAGACUGCCUGUCACGAUUUGUCUUUUAAAAACAAAAAUGAAUUCAACCCCUUCGGGAAAGUAAACUAUGAUCAUAUCCUUGCCUUUAAUCACAAUCCACUCCCUCGCUCUCAAUUUUCCUCAGAUUCCAAAUUUUCUAAAGAAAUAGUCAAUAUUGGUUGGAGCACUGCCUCCUUUUACUCUGAUCUGAUCCGAUCCGGGUCUCAUGUGGUCAGCAAGGCAGACUGCCUUCUGUUGGUUAUUCCUAGUGUUGGAUAUGUGAGAUAAUGGAUAGCCCGAUAUGUGAUAGCUGACACCUCACCGCUCUGGGCAGGUUGCCGACAGUGGAGGUAAGGGUGGCAAUGUCUGAGUUAUAAUUGUCUUGUUCUUCCCUCCCCAACCCCCAUUCCACCCCUACUCGUCGCUGUCUGACCCUUGUCAAUUUGGAAGUUGUAAACUAUCACUGAUCCAGCCUGAUCUGUCGUCCAGUACUGACUCCUCCAUCACUAAUCUCACCUGUUCCCUGAACGCACCUCCUUUAUGCCAUCCAGUCCCAGCCCCCUAGCCCCUUGACAUUUGCUUAAUCCUAACACCCCUCGACAUCCCCACCCCCUUUUCAAAGGCAAAUUCCUGAAAUAUAACAACUUGACCUAAUUAUUGGUCGGUCCAGGGAAGAGGGCGUGGAUUUUUUGUUCCCUUUGUAGGAGGCAAGAACAAAAGUCAGAGGUGAGCAAAAAAUGUCACACAUGUAAACCAUCAGGCCGUAUGACUGACCACCUGGGUGGGAUGCUCCCUAUCCAACUGUCCCACUGGGCACCCCUUGGCUUUUCCUGGGGAUUCCCUUGAGUGUUGUGAUUCCCUUUCUCCGAAUACGCCAUUUUACUCAGUCACUUGCUUUCUUUGCUUGUCUCAUGAGCUGCUGAUGUGGUGUGCCAGCGACUUGAGCAGAGAUCUGAUUGCGAUGUUAUAUUUGGACUUUUCCCCUGGCCAACUGACCAGGACAGAGUUAGGAUAUAAAAUAGGCAACUUGUCAACACGUUAAGUGUUUCUGCAGAGAUUCCAGUGCUCUCCUAAUUUGGAAACUUCAAAGUCCAAUGUAAAUCUUUUCUUUUUACUGCUCGGGCAUUGGAAGUGAGGUGGGGUGGGGGAGGUUGGAGUGAAUUGCUGGCUUGUCUAACUUGUGCUGUCUCUAAAUUGAUCUUAAUUAUGUGGUUAAGAGUUUUGAGAAGCCAAUCUAUCCAGUCAGAUAAAGUCUACGCAGUUGCCAUGGUGACUGGGCAAGUUUGCCAGUGAAAACUGACCCCUGAUGUCUGUUUUCCCAUUUUGGUUGCUUACCCCUCCCACUGGCCCCACCCCGUUUUCCAAUCCCAACAGGUAAACAAAAAACCUGGAGGGUUCUAUUUGUAAGUUAGUGUGCUUAAUAAGUUAAAUUGAACCGAGAUGACAUGAAAGUGUAGGAAUGUGAGAUUAAAUGCUGGAUCAGCCAUGUGCUGCAUAUUUAAUGAAUAGCUUUGGGCAACACUGCAAAUGGCUGCCAUUCAAGUGGGCAUGUGACUGAAUACUCAAAAUGGCUGCCUUCAAAAGGACUUGUGACUGGAUAGUCAAAAUGGCUGCCAUUCUGGAGGACAUGUGACUGGAUAGUCAAAAUGGCUAUCAUUCUGGAUAUGAGGCAGUUGGACACUACAGAUGGCUGCCUCCUUGGAGAGUGUGUAAUUGAAUAUUAGCGAACAGAUGACUGUAAAUAGCUAUCAUCUUCAAGAAUGAGUGGCAACUGAACACAAUUUUAUUCUGGACCUGGGAGGUUGGGUGCAAUUGGAAAUUUGAAAUGGCAGCCAGUCUGGGAUGGAUAUGACAUAUGGCUGUCAGUUGCGAAGGGCGAAAGACUCCAAAGAUUGAUUUCUUUGGAAACAGGUCCCUCAAUCAAAGAAGACAAUCCUUCCCUCCGAAAAUAGGCCUUGUUAGGCAAUCCCACCGCACCCCUGCACCACCUUAUAACCUCCCACCUACCCCCCUCAAAAAGAUGAACAGUCUAAUGUUAGCAGUUGCUUCAAAGAAAGACAUCCUGGGGUCCCGUUGACAUGACCUUUGACAUGACCUUGGUGGAUGUAGGACAGGAAUGGAAAACAGGGAUGGCAAGGGUGGUGGGUUGUGAUGCAGGGGAGGGGAGAAAUCCCAGUAAGAAAGGAACUCUGCGGGGAGCAGCUUUGAGCUUUAUUUAAAAACUCAUUAAGAUGAGGUUGAGUGUGACACACUGCAGCAGGUUUUGGACCUUACUUUCCGAUUUUAAUCAAUUAAAAGAAAAUCUCCCCCUCAUCCUUUUAACAAGAGAAUUAACUAUUUAAAAAAAAAACAAAAAAAAUCUAACGCUGGCUGAAUAUAAUUUAAUCAAGUUUUCAAGUUAUUUAAAUGCAUUUUACUGAUUCCAUGUCUCUCUUUCCUUCCAGUAAAACAAUUUUACAAAAAGAAAUUAGAUUCUGUCCUUCUUGGGUGCUGAGUUCUCUGAAGCGCUUUUUAAAAUAGUGGCUACAUGCCAAAUCUCCAGUGUAUAUAUUGUACAGAGCAAAUGUCCAUGUACUAUAUUAUAUUUGAGAGAGGUAAUCAAUUCUUAACAGAGGAAAAAAAAAAUGCAAGGUUGCUUAGCUGUGAUGUUCAGUCUGACUGGACCUUAUUAGUACCUGGUUUAUAUAAUAUGUUCUGAGACUUGUCAAGUGUCCUAUUUUAUUCAGAAAGGUAGUUUACAACAAAAUGGAUUGGUGCACCCCUACACAGAGAGGCAGCAAGUGGAGGGAUGAACUUGCCUGUGAUAGGACUUGUUUAACCCUCCCACUUUAGCAUAACUGACUCGGGCACCCUGAACUAAUGGCUGCAGCCCUACGGGUGUGGAUCUCGGUUGCUGCCAGGAGUUGGGCAAUAAUUUCAGUUCCUUGGAAGUGAGGGACAAAUGGAAAUGAAAUUCAGCCAGAACUGCUGCUCCUGAUGCCAUUGAAGCCCCCACUGUCUGCAGCAUUGUGUGUGUGUGUGUGUGUGUGUUUGAGAGAGUGGGAGAUAAGAGACUGAGAAGAACAGUACUGCAGAGCAAUGAUGCUUGGCUCAGUUGGAUUUCACACGGGGCAUCUGUCAGCUCAGGGUGUUGCGCAGAGCUAUGAUGCCUGUCUGGGUUGAACACACACCAUGACUCUCUGGGCUUGUGCGCGAAAGCAAGUCAUGGGGAAGGAUGACAGUGUGAUCAGAGGGUAGAGUAAACCUGUAACGACACAGUCGUUUUCAUCUCUGGUCAAUCUGAAGGCCACAGUGGAAGAUAUUAGCUGAAAGAUGCCCUGUUCUGAACUGGGAUAUCAAUUUCUGACUGCAUAAUGUGACACUUGUCUGGUUUCCAAUUUUCCCCUCCCACAUGGCUAUAUCCACAAAUGACAUUUUUGCCCCAUUAGUUUUUGUGAGCACUUGAAUAUUAGGCAUGAGAUCCUAACCUCAUCGAAACCCCAAAAGGCUCUGGUAAUAUCACGCCUAGCCAACCAUCUGUAUGAAUGUGCCAGAGAGUGAUGCUGCUUUUUAUCUUUCUUCUGUCUCUGAGUUUUGUUCCCCUUUCCACGUUGUGUACAUAAGACCAUAAGACACAGGAGCAGAAAUAGGCCAUUCAGCCCAUUAAGUCUUUUCCACCGUUCUCUGAGAUCAUGGUUGAUCUGAUAACCCUCCACUCUACUUUCCCACCUAUUUCCCUUAACUCUUGUUUCCUCACAUAUUAACAACUUGUCUAUCUCAGCCUUGAGUAUACUUAAUGACCCAGCCUCAACAGAUCUCUGUAGUAAAGAAUUCCACAUGUUCACUACCUCAGAGCAAACAUUUACUACUCAUUUACUACUGUCUUAAGUGUAUGACCCCUUAUUCUGAGGUGAUGCUGUCUGGUUCAAUAAGGUCACCUCUCAUUCUUGUGAAUUCCAACAUUACUGGCCUAAUUUCUCAAGCUUUAUCCUCCAUACCUGGAAUCAGCAAACAAUUUGCUGUGUGAAAUUCUGGUGGAUUCGCAUCUAUAUAGCAAUGCAACAUAGCUGCUUGUUGUCAUUGUGGGAAACUCAGAGCCAACACUUGAGCACAGCAAGCUCCCACAAGCAGCAAUAUGUGAAGGACUGGAUCAUCUGAAGGUUGGAAGAUCCAUGUAACCCCAGUCGAGGCAAAGCUCCCCUGGCCCUGUUCUUCAGAACACUGCCACUAAAUCUUCUAUGUAGCACAUCCACCUGAGAGGACAGAUGGGGGCCUCGUGACCCAACCAAAAGAUGGCAUUCUCUGAUUGUGCAGCUCUCCAGCAAUACCAUCUGAGGCAUUUUGAUGCCUGACUGAAUGUAAGUUGUGCAUCUCAUCACCACCACUAAACCCCCGACCCCCCAAAAAACCUUAAUAGCACUGAUCAGCCCAUUGUAUCCAUACUAGCCUUCUGCAGAGUAAUCCAGUCAGUCCUGUUCCCCGGCUCUACUAUUGUCUCUAUUAUCUUGCUCAAGCAGACAUUCCUCUUGCGUUCACACAUUGCUAUGGCGAUGGUGUAUUGGCUGUUUAGAAAAGUUGGCACAUUAUCUUGAAGCUUCAUUCCAACAUUCAGGCACUUGUCCACCAGCACCGUCACUGGAUUGUGAUCUGAAGUAAGAGCCUGUAGCUGAAUCACUAGGAUGGGAGAGUUGAUUUAUUUGAGUCAUUAUGAUUUUUGUGUAUCCUGUGGAUUAAAAGAACUUUUAGGGUUUACUUUUCACUAAUUUAUCAACAAUGUUUGGAUUGGUGGCUGUGUGUCUGUGUGAAUGGAGCAAACAGUAGGUAACCCUUGGAUAUGGGAAAUUUCUUCUGGCCAGGGGCACAGGAAUCUUCUAGAACUUGCAUUAUAUGAUGUAUUGGGUUGCCAACUCUGGCUGGACAAUUUCCUGAAGGUUUCAUCACAUUGACAACCUCCCAAUCACAAAAAACUUUGUAACAACUAAAAACCCAAAACUUUCGGACUGAAAUGUCAAAAUGUUUCCUUGAUCUUGUUCCCAGGUUUUAGCUCCUAACAUUUUCCAUGGAGAUUAACCUAUUUUUCUGAUUGACCUGUUCGGGGAUGUUAUUACACACCUCUAGAGCAGGUGGGACUUGAACCCAGGCCUCCUGGUCUAGGGGGUAGGGACACUAAUGCUGUGCCACAAGAUUGUCAUCCCCUGGAGAUUAACCUAUUUGUCAACCUUGGGUACACCUGCCCAAACAAGGAGCAUUGUCAACCCUAGACAGGUGAUGCCAUUUUUUCUAAUCCCUUAACCACGCCUGUAUCCUCUCACUGGAUGCUGCGGUUGUAAACUGAGGGUUGACCAUCAGUUGUGCCAACUGGACCAUUCACUCUUCCUGAAAUGCCCUGGGAGAUGCCCAUUGGUUUGGUAAAACUAGUUGGGACUUUGGGAAGGGGGAAGAAGGAUUUUUCAUUGGAUAUUCUUCCUGAAAUCACUAUUGUCCUGCCCUCUGAACAAGCUAUUGAAAUUGUUGCUCCUGUUAUUUAUUCAUUGGAUGUGAGCAUCAAUGUGUACAGUCCACCCUUCACUGACUUGCUGGGUCACUUCAGAGGGCAAUUAGGAGUCACCCACAUUGCUGCAGGUCUGCCACAUUGCAUUUAGGCCCAUCUGGGUGAGGAAAGCAAAUUUUCUUCCUAAGGGGAACCAGCUAGGUUUUAUUUCCAAUUAAAAUUAAAAUUCCCCAGUUUCCAUGAUGUGAUUUGAAGGCAUGUUUCCCGAUUAUUCCCUUCACUGCUGAAGUAGAUGAGUGAGAAAAACAAGUGAGUGAUUGGACCUGGGGAAUUUUAUUUUCUUUUAGAAACAGGGGAAUUUGCUAUUAAUUCUCGGAAGGACUACCCCUUCCCUUUUCUAGGGACUUUUCAAGAGAAUGAUCAAGCCACUCCUUGUUGGUGCCUCAAUGAACCAGUUGAGUUUCUUACUGUCAGUCUGACACCACUUGGAAGAUUCCUGAGUGGGACUUGGGUAGCCAACUCUGAUUGAAUGGAUUCCUGAAGUUUCAUUGAGUAAUCUCUAACAGCCUCAUCCCCUGCUCACCCUCCACAUCUAUCAUCAUGACGUUUCCACUUUCCCACAGCCACAAUGUCCUCCUCACCUAUCGGUUUUUUCAUCCCUAUUUUUCUAAUUUUUGUUUUAACCCAAAGCAAAAUCCAGUUUUUUUUUCAUUUUCCAUCCAGUUAUCUUUCAUGCCCAAUAUAAUUGUUCUUUCUCUCCACUGGGUAUACUAAUCUCAGCAACGUCCUCCACAAUGAACCUUUAUAAUUUUUGAAGGUUCCAGGAUAAUCCCACAGGAGCUGGCAACCACUAGGAGAGUUGGGGACUGAAGGGUAUGAAUGCAACAUGGUUAGGUGAUGGGGUGGGAAAGGUAGAGUAAGGGGUAAUGGUUUAAGAAGUGUCUCAACAUGUCACAGAGCCCCUUUCCACUGGGGUGGCACAUUUGAUGACUAGGAGUGUAGGAGACCACCUUGCACACUUAAACUAUGUUUUAAGUUUCUGCAGUUUACUUCUAAAGGCAGCGGUGUUGGCACAUCUUAAACCUUUUUUGUUGUAAACUACUUUUCUGAGUUGCAAUGUUUUCAUCCCUCUCACAGACACACAUACACACACACACACUCUCUCUUUCUCUCAUUAUGUACUACUUAUUAUUGACUUUUUUUAAUGAUGUGUUUUAACUGUACAAUGUUAUGGCCUGAAAGGUAUUGUUACUGUUUCUGAUUUGUGUUUCUGUAUUGAUGUUACAUAUAUUAUAUAUUUUUAAUUGUUUAAUAAUGUCCUGCAAAUGUUAUUCUUUUCCUAAUACUACCCUUCCCUCCCCCACCCAUCGGCCCCACUUCCCUCGCAAAAUGUAAAACUUGCGUUGUAUACUGUGUCCACAGAAUGAAAAAAAAACACAUUCUUCCUCUGUAUCGUUUUUUUUCUAAAAAAAUAGUUUAACCUCUUUUUGUGUUUUAAAUGAUGAAUAAUUCA